AUGGGCUCCGUGUCCAGCUGCCUACGCUUCGUGGGGGGGAUUGGCUGGGAAGUGACCCCCGUCACGGAGGCAUGGUCAACAGAAAAGCCUUCUAGAACCUGGCACAGACCUUCUAGAACCCACUCACACUGCCUGCCUGUUCCGCUGCCUCCGUGUCCUCCCCGGUCUUUGUCUGAACGAGCUCCUCCUCUGUGGCCUGCAGCCCUGGACACUUUACUCUCCCAGGUUCCCAAAGGCAAGGUCAGCGGCCUGCCCACAGCCUUUGGUGGCAAGCGCUUCCAGCUCUGGGCUCUGGGAUUCUUCUGCACAGAGCGGCACCUGGCCAAACGGCUCAAGAGCAACAGCUUCUACCCCUUCACGCAGCAGCAGCCUGGAGUCUUUGUGCUGGAGUACUACCUGGACACAGUCUGGAAGGGGGCGCUGCUCUUCCUCAUCUGCUUCGCUCUGGUCUCCACCAACUUCUUGAAGCAGGUGCAGAAGCAGCAGACUUGGGGCUUCUCGGCCUACGGCAUGGGCGUGGGCCUGUGGCUCCUGGUCUCGUCUCUGCCUCGGCGCCGGCUGGUGUUGAACCACACCCGAGGCAUGUACCACUUCUCCAUCCACGGCCGCACCGUGUGUCAGGGGCCCAUGCACCUGGUCUACAUGCGCCUGGCGCUCAGCUCUGACGCUUAUGGAAGGUGCUUCUUCCAGCUGGUCCUGGGCGGCCACAAGCUGGAGCCCCUGGUACUGGUGCAGAUGUCGGAGCGCUACGAGCAAAUGGAAUACCUGGGCCGUCGCAUGGCCCAGAAGCUCAACAUUAACUACUUUGACUACCUGGCCACGUCAUACCGGCAUGUCGUCCGGCACUGGCCACUGGGGGCUAGCUUUAGCCCAGGCAUCGUGCAGCGCAAGACCCGCAUGUAUGAAAAGCCAAGCGCCUCAGAGCUGGAGGUGUGACCCCCGAGUCUGAGCCCACCUCUCCCCCUCCCUCC